AUGAUAUCAUCGAUAAAGCGCAAGCUAGAUAAUGUAAUUGAAUCCUUGGAUUUUGGUACUAUUAGUUCUGUAAUUAGUGAUAGUCAUGAUGAAAAAAUCGUACAAAGCAACAAAGCUAGUCAAUUAAAUGUGAAGAGAGCUAGGACGAACCACCUGGUGAUAAAGAGGCGUAAUAAUCAGUACAAGAAAAAUGAAAAUUAUCAUGAGAAUGUUAAUGAGAGUAAUGUUAAUGUGUCUUUUAUAAAAUGGCUAUCAUCGGUCACUGAGAGGAUAAAUCAGACGAUGCACUUCCAGUUCAACGGCAAGCCCGAGCCGCUGGUUUUCCACGUGCCUCAGGUAUUUUUUGAUUGCUUGCGCGAGCGAAUCUCCUGUGGCGGCAAAAAAAAGCGGCUGCCUAAUUCGAUUACCGCUUUUGUUAGAACGGAUGCAGUGCCUCUGGGCACUUUUACCAAGUACACCUGGUUAAUAACUAAUAUAUUUCACGUCAAG